AUAAACUGAGUACAGAAAUGAAAACGUUCAGUGUUCUGGAACUGACUGGCGUGCAGGCAUAUGCUGUUAAUGUGCUUCUGGAUGAAGAAACCGCCCACCCCAACCUCAUCUUCUCUGAUAAUCUGAAGAGUGUGAGACUUGGAAACAAAUGUGACCAGCUGCCUGAUGGCCCAGAGAGAUUUGAUAGCUGCAUCUUUACCCUGGGCUCUUCCAGCUUCCUCUCUGGCCGCCAUUAUUGGGAGGUGGAGGUUGGAGACAAGACAGGGUGGGUCCUGGGAGUCUGCAAGGCAUCCCUGAGCAGGAAGGGGAGCAUAACUCUGUCACCAGAGAAUGGCUACUGGGUGGUGAUGAUGAUGAAACGAAAUGAGUACCAGGCAACCACCUUUCCUCCGACCCGCCUGCAAAUAAGGGAACCCCCUAAGCGUGUGGGCAUCUUCCUGGAUUUCACAGCUAGAGGCAUUUCCUUUUACAAUGUGACAGCCAGAUCCCACAUCUAUACAUUCUCCCGUUUCUCUUCCUCUGGACCUCUUCAACCUAUCUUCAGCCCUGGGGUACAUGAUGGGGGAAAGAACAUGGGUCCUCUGACCAUCUGUCCA